UAUAUAAAAAAUUAAAGUCAAAAUUUAAUAAUACUUAAUAAAUUUAACGUUCAAUAUAAGAACGUGAUAUACAAAUAGUUUAAUUUUAUUAGUUUUAAAAAAUGUCAAGUAGUAGAACGACACCUUUACAUUUUGAAAUAUUUUAUGAAUGUCAAACCACAAAAGCUAGAACUGGAAAAAUAACUCUUACUCAUCAUUAUGUAGAUACACCUGUAUUUAUGCCAGUGGGAACUCAAGGUACUUUGAAAGGUUUAUUACCUCAACAGUUAGAAGAAUUAAAUUGUCAAGUUAUUCUUGGAAAUACAUACCAUUUAGGGACAAGACCUGGUCUUAAUGUUAUGCGGAAAGCUGGAGGAUUACAUAAAUUCAUGAAUUGGAAAAGAGCUUUAUUAACUGACUCUGGAGGUUUUCAAAUGGUAUCAUUAUUGGAGCUUGCUGAAAUUACAGAAGAGGGUGUUAAAUUUAAAUCACCAUAUAAUGAAUCAGACUGCAUGUUGACUCCUGAACACUCUAUACAAAUACAAAAUAUAAUAGGUGCAGAUAUAAUUAUGCAGCUUGAUGAUGUAGUUAAAAGUACAUUAACAGGACCAAGAGUAGAAGAAGCAAUGCAUCGAACAAAUAGAUGGUUAGAUAGAUGUUUAGCAACUCAUAAAAGAUCAAGUGAACAAAGUAUAUUUCCUAUUGUGCAAGGUGGCCUUGAUUCCAAACUAAGAACAAAAAGUGCAAAGGAAUUAAUUAAACGUAAAGUAAAUGGUUAUGCUGUGGGUGGAUUAAGUGGUGGAGAAAGUAAAGAUGAUUUCUGGAAGAUGGUACAUCUUACUACAGACAUACUUCCAAAAAAUAAGCCACGUUAUUUAAUGGGUGUUGGAUUUGCUACUGAUUUAAUUAUUUGUUCUGCUUUAGGCAUAGAUAUGUUUGAUUGUGUGUUUCCCACAAGAACAGCAAGAUUUGGUUGUGCAUUAGUACAGACAGGUCAACUCAACCUAAAACAAAUUCAAUAUUGUAAAGAUAUGAUGCCAAUAGAUGAAUCAUGUGAAUGUAAUACAUGCAAAACAUAUACACGGGCUUAUCUUCACCAUAUAGUGACAGUAGAAACAGUCGCAUGCCAUUUAUUGUCUGUCCACAAUAUUGCAUUCCAAAUGAAAUUAAUGCGAAGCAUUAGACAAAGUAUCAAGGAACAAAGAUUUCCAGAAUUUAUACAGCAAUACAUGUUAAAUAUAUAUCCAGACAAGAAAUAUCCAGCAUGGAUAAUUAAUGUUCUGAAAGCUGUCAACGUUAACCUGUUAUAAUUAGUAAGUAUGUGAGUAAAAUGUAAGUCAUUGAAAGUGUAAGUCAUUCAUACCUUAUAGAGAUGAUAAUCUAUAUCAUAUAAAAUGAACAUUUGUAAAAAUUCAAUCACAAAAUUAAUUAAUAUUUGAAAAUUAAAUAUCAAUUUUAUUAGCUUUACAAAUUUUACUGUUACCAAAUACCUAGUUUAAAAUCUCUUAUAUCUUGAAAUGAUAUCGCAAAUUGCAAAAGAAAUUUUUGAAUUUAUUUUGCCAUAGAAAAUCUGGAUACUCGAUAUAAUAACAUAUGGUAUUAAUCAGAAUUAAGGUUUAGAUUGUUCCAUUUGAAUCCAGAUGGAAAGAUAUCUGUUUCUAAUAUGCUAAAAUUAACGAAUUUUUCACUCAGAAGCUCACGAUUAUAUUCUGUUCCUCAGCAAGCUAAUACAUACUAUAAUACAUAUUGCGCGUACGAUAAUUAUGUUAGAAUAAAAACGAUCAUGAUUUUAUCCCCAUAAUGUCUACACUACACUUAGGUCAAAAUUUCAGUGUGUGGUAGGUGUCAAAUAGGCGUCAGUGUAUGCCUUCAAUGAUUAAUCUUCUUGCUUAACAUUUUCUUUGAUCGAUAGAUUACUUUCAAUGAGUUCUUAAAAUGGUAAUGUAAAAAUACAAUAAUUUUCUGAUGGAUAUCAAAUAAUACUAAUAAGAAGAAAAUUAUGUUAACAAAUCAGAUCCAUUAUAUCAUUACAUACCAUUAUAUACCACUUUGACAAUUUUCAAAAAGCGAUUUACUGAAUAAAAAGAGUGUUUACACAGAGAAAAAACAAGACAAGAUAGAGGCAGGUAUAUUAAUUGGAGGGGUUCCUUGUAAUAGACUUUGACACUAUAAAGCGA